UUUUCAUGACUUCAUAAAACAUGGCCGUGUCAGCCAAUUCUUUCAUCGGGACUAGCGGAGAUUUAUUAUUUUUUGGGGAAUUUUGAUCAAAUCAAUAACCAGAGAUAUAUUCUGUCAUUUUUCAUUAAUGAUAAAACUGAAUAAUUACAAUUGUCGGACAGUACUGCUAUGAAAUGGAUUUUGUAAUUCGCCAGAUAUUGAUUCAACAGUUACGUUUUUCGUUUUAUCCUACAUGCAGCUAUGAUGCAGAUAGUAGAUACUUUGUGCAAAUUUAGAAAUUAAGUCUGUUUACUGAAUCAUAGAAAUAGGUUUGGAUUGAUUUUUGGUGUUAGCAUUCCGUUGUAUGAAACAAUAGCCUUUUAUUUUGUUAUGGAAGUGGAUGUGUUUUAUUUCUUAUCAAUAUUUGAUAUUUGGUUUUUGGGAGAAUCUUUACUUGUAGAUUUACUGGAAAUGGCUAUUUAUCUUGUUGAUGUAAUUUUCACAACUUUACAGGAUUUUGUUUAUGAAACCUUGGACUUGUCUGAUUAUUAUAUCACAUCAUUAGCUUAGGAUAAUAGCAGAAAUUAUAUUUGACACUUGCAGUGAAAUCAAGUGAGGAAAAUUAAUACUGUCCGUAAUUAUUGAUUUAACGAGGGGAGAUAACUCAAUUAAAGGUUAGAUAUGAUCAAAUUAGCAUAGAAAACUGUUAUCAGGAAGUUUUGUUAUUAGUUUUGGCUUUUACCAAGUUAUAUAUCUAAAGAUAGAAAAAAAAAAGAUUUAUAUAGUAAUUCAUGAUUGUCAAUAUAAAAGAAUUGACAUGACAACAAAUUUUUAUGUAUGGAUUAAAACAAUUAUUGCCAUGUAAACAGGUGUGCACAAUGAGUCACAGCCAUGUGACAAUCCUCAAACAGGAUUUUCAAAAAGAACUGUUUAAUCUGAAAGAUCAUGUUGGAUGUAAAAAAAUAUUGAUCUAUUUUGACUCUGUUAUGCAACCAAAUUAGAAUUCAUGCAAUAUAAGGAUGCAUCUAUUAUAAUUGGAUAAUAGUAACAUUUCAGUAUGGCAGAACCUCGAAUAACAUCAUCUAAACUUCCAGGAAUACCUGGAAAUCAAGUAGCAAAAAUUGAAAAGCAAAUUGAUGAUUUUUUGGAAAACUUUAAGCGCAAAAGUUCGAUUCUUGAUCGUCAAACUAGUGAAGAGUACAGAGAAUAUUUAGGGGUUCCUGCACUUCAUCCUGGUUAUAGUUCUUCCCAGGGUUCCACAGAAGAUUUUACAGACGAUUACAGUCCUUGCACAGACAAAUCUUAUUACUUAGGAAAUAGCCUAACAUUUCACCGUACUCACAAACGUCAUUUCAGUAAUACUACAACAACUACAACGGGGACUAGUGAUUCUGAAUGGGGUCCUGAUUAUGAAGAGGAUGGUAUAAUAAAAGAUAAAUUUAUUGUGUCUCCUGUGUCAGACAAUGCUUCUUUACAGAAUGCUGGGUCUGAAAUAAAGACAACUGGAGAUGAAAUGGGAGAAGCCCUCUGUCCCUACAGUGUACUGGAUGUGGCACCAUUGCUGCAAUCAAAAUUUGCUUUUGUAUCAGGAGGUAAAGCAAUAAAUGGAGCCCCAGUUUUAACCAUUCCAGAAAACCAUGACCAGAAAGAGAUAUCCGAUGAAGAUUACAAAAAGAUUGUUUGUUAUCUUUGUUGUGUACCACCGUUACAUGAAACAGAACUUGGAUUUGUUAUAGUUAUAGACAGAAGAAAUGAAAGCUGGGGUGAUGUGAAAAAUUUACUUCUCAAAAUAAAUCAAUAUUUUCCCAAACAUGUUCAAGUUGUGUUUCUGCUGCAACCAAAAGGGUUUUUCCAAAGAGCAUUUUCUGAUAUGAAAACAAAGUUUAUCAAAGAAGAAUUAGAAUAUAAGGUUGUUCUUUUACAUGAACCAAAUGAGUUAUAUGAACAUAUAGACGCUCAACAGUUGACCAAAGAAGUGGGUGGAGAUUUGGUUUAUGAUCCAAAUGAAUGGACACAACAUAGAUCUGCUGUUGAGAAAUUCUGCUCCAAUACAGAGAAAAUUGCUACGUCUAUGACAGUUCUUGUUAAGAAAUAUGCAGACACAGAAAUCCCAAAUAAUGUGGAAGGUGUAGAAAAGCUAAUCCAUGACCAUCAACUGGGGAGGAGAGAAAUGUUGGAUGACUUAGAUUCCUCUGUAACACAUGGCCAAACUCUACUGCAGUGUAUCAAGGGAGAUAAUGAGCAUACUCCUCUAAUACAUCAAACACAUGUUAUCAAUUUACAAAGACUCUUGGUACAACUGGCAGAGACAAAAACAAAUUUUGAGGGCUUCUGGGAAAAGCAUGAAAGCAGGUUAAAAUAUACGUUGGAACUGCGGAAAUUUGAAGACGAAUUCAAACUGUUUCAGUACACAAUAGGAGAAAAAUUAAAAUGGUUAGAGGAGAAAUUAUCUGAAGUUGGAGAAUCAGUAGCACAAGUUGAAGCUCUGUUUAAAGAAUUUGAAGACUUUGAAACCAAAGCUGAGAAGGAUUUAGAACAGGCUGAUAGAAUGAGAAGCACAGGAGAGAAUUUAAUAAUGGAUGAUAACUAUGCUGUAGAUUCUAUACGUCCAAAAUGUAUCGAGUUACAAAGAAUGUGUGACCAGUAUCGGCAGCUAGUCCGACAAAGACGUGAAAUCUUACAGAAAUCAAAUGAUUUACAGGACAGGAUUGAUAAGGCAAACAAAUGGUGUACUAAAGGUGUAGACAUCUUAGCCAAUCGGCAGCCAGAGCAGUGUCAGACGCAUCUACAAGCAGAAUCUGCUCUGAAAGAGAUUGAGAAUUUCAUGGCCAGUGCUAAAGAGCUGAAAUUAAACAAUCCUAAAGAAUUUAGACAGUUAUUUGAGGGCAUGAUGACUCCAGAUACUAGAGUCGCUGUUCAGAAAGUACUAAAGAGAAUAGAAGAUGUUACAGGGAUGUGUGCCAAGAGGAAGGAGGCAUUGUUAAGAGUAGUAAGACAAGUUCAUCCUGCUCCAACACAUCCACCUCCAGAACCUGAUCCAUUACGGAACAGUCGUAGACCUAAUAAUAUCUAUGAAAAGUCUGCCAGGGUAAGAACAGACGUGUAUCCUUCACAUCAGCAAUAUAUUUCAAAUAGUGUAGGAAAUAUUUCUGACACUGGUAGUGAGAAAACGAGAAGUUCUUGCUCCUCGAUGUCGACAACAGUGUCUUCCGUAUCAUCAUUAUCAGAAAAUGAUACUUUGUUAGCCAAACGAAGACAUGUGUUGAAUGAACUAAUAGAAACAGAAAAGACAUAUGUUGCACAAUUAGAAGAUAUAGUGCAGGGAUAUUUCCAACAAAUGGAUAACCCAGCAUUCAGAAAUAUGAUACCAGACCAGUUAAAUGGCAAGAAAGAUGUCUUGUUUGGAAAUUUAGAGCAAAUUUUUGAUUUUCAUAGAAAUGUAUUUUUACAUGAGUUGGAAAACUGCCGAGAUGCACCAGCAAAAGUAGGAAAAUGCUUUGCUAAUAGGAAAGAAGAAUUUCACUUAUAUAGUAUUUACUGCCAAAAUAAACACAGGUCUGAGGAACUACGCAAUACCAUUGGUGAUCAGAAUCCAUUUUUUAUGGAAUGUCAAAAACGAUUAGGGCAUAAAUUACCAUUAGGGGCAUAUUUACUGAAACCUGUACAAAGAAUCACAAAAUACCAGUUAUUACUUAAGGAAAUGUUACGGUUUACUGACCAUGACAAAGCCUGUGAGACACAGUUACAGGAGGCAUUAGACUGUAUGUUAGCUGUAGUACGAUAUGUCAAUGACAGUUUACAUCAAGUCUCAAUUGUUAAUUUUCCGGGUAAUAUUUCUGACCAGGGUAGAUUACUCAUGCAGGGCAGCUUUUGCGUAUUUACAGAACAUCAUCGAGGAAGAAUUAAGGAUCUUAGAUUUAAACCAAUGCAUAGACAUGUGUUCUUAUAUGAAAAAUCCAUAUUACUGUGUAAAAAGAAAGAAGAAUCUCCGACGGGUGUUGAUAAAGGAGUUUAUGUUUUUAAGAAUCUCUUACAGAUGGUCCAGGUUGGGUUAACAGAAAAUGUAAAGGGAGAUAAGAAGAGGUUUGAGUUAUGGUUGAGAGGCAGAGAAGAAGUCUAUAUAAUACAGGCACCCAAUAUGAAUUGUAAAGACAUGUGGGUGAAAGAAAUCAAAAAAGUACUUAUGAGUCAGUUUGACAAACUUAAAGUCACGCAAAAGACCUUGAGACAGUCACAAGAAAAUCUUGUAUCAAUCACAGAUCAGGAAACUAAAUACUCAAAUAGUAACUUAGUAGACAACUGGAGAAAUCAACAUCUAUUGAAUAACAACACAUCAACAUUGCCAGUAGGAAUAGAGAUGAGAUCUCCUGAAUCUCCAACCCCUACUGGUCAUGAUGGGGUGUGGUCAGAGGAAGAGUAUACAAGUAGUAAUCCUGAUGAAGAAAGUAUAGGGGAACCACACUCACCUUCAUCAUAUAAUGAUAGAUACAAAGCACUUGGAGAUUUCCAUACCAGUAAUCAGUCAGAACUAUCAUUUAGAGAAGGGGAUCUCAUCGAAGUGUUACGAGCAGGGUCUAAUGGAUGGUGGUUUGCCAAACACCUCACUACACACAAGGAGGGAUGGGCUCCUUCUAACUACUUAGAACCAAUACCUAGAUCGAAUUCACAGUUCUCUGUCUCAAGUAUAGGUACCCCAUUCAGACAACAAAUUUUGUGGUCACCAGAGGAUCCCCCGAUUACAGUACUAGCAAGUCUAGUUUGAAUAGUGGGAAGAACAGUACAGCAAGUCCCAUACAUUAUGAGACUACUAUUUGAAGAGUUACCUCCCCUAACAAGGAAUUUCUCCACAUUCUAGUCCAGAUAUUUGUGAUAUGUUAUUCUUUAGAAAGUGCAAUUGUUAUGAAGAAUGUUAACUGUUAAUAUUUAUAAAACUUAGUAAUGACUUUGUGUGAAAUUUCGUUCUUCUUCUGAUUAUACUUUUUAAUACCAUUUUUUUGUAGUGCUACAUACAGCUGGAAAUUAUUUUGAAAAUUUUCCAUAUCAGUAUGACAAAAAUAUUCUUGAAAUUUUUUUUAUAUAGCUAUUUAUAUUAACUUUUUGCAAAAUUUCUAUGCAUAUUUGUAAAUUUCUAAUGUAAUUUAACUUAUUUAACUUUAGAAUGGCUGUGAAAGUGUUUAAUGCAUGAUAUUUUUAUAAAAGAGAUAUGAUAUUGAGCUAAUACAAUAAUAUUGUAUUGAAAUUAUGUCUAUUUGUUGAUGCAAAAAAAUACUGAUUGUAUAAUAUCCCUUGAUAAUUCUUUAUUUAAAUUCUAAAAAAGUAUAACAAAGCAGAAACUACCGAAACACCAAUGCAUAGUUUAAGUAGGUGGUUUGUCUAUUUUUUUGGCAUUCUAAUGUCAAGAUCUAAAUCAUAUUUUUUUUUUGUGCAAUUUAAGAUUUAAAAAUUAGCUAAGAUUAUAUUUAUUUCCUUUACUUUUUCCACAAGAAAAAAAAAUGUUUCAACCUAAGCAAAUCAGUGUAAUAUAGUCAGUGUAUUUGUCUAAAAUAGCUGUAUAAGAAAAACAUGAAAGCAAUUUGCUUUUAUGCACUGUAUUAAGUUUCUGAAAAAUGUGAAUUAAUUUGCAUGAAAUGAAUAAUAUGAAAUGCAAAACACUUUUUAAGGUGUUUAUAAUAAUCAAAUAUUUGUUUUGCAUAUUAUGGAAUUGUUAAUGUUAUGACAAUGGUUGUGAAAGUGUAUUAAUUGUACAUGGGUUAAAAAAAAACAAACAUGGUUAAAUCUUUUGCAUUAAUCAAAUAACAAGUAAAGUUGUGUUUUUUCCCCUAAUUAUUAACUUCUUCUAAAACAUUGAAUGGAAAAAAAAAUAUUUUGUAAAAUUAUUUUUUAGUUGUUUUCCAUUUAUUUUAGUUAUUAUAUCAGGUCUGUUUCCUGAACUGUGAAAUUGACAUGAAAUGUCGUUCAUUUGUGUAAAUCUCCAUUGGAAUUUUUUACUUAAAAGUAUUUUUCCUCUGAACUAAACAGAACUGAUUUCCAGUUGAUUUAGGACAUAUGAAUGAAUUAGUCUUGUCUGGACGUAUUGUUGAAAAGUAAAGUUAUGAUGUGAAGGGUAGUGACUCUUUGUAUACUUUGUUUUCUUUUGUGAAGUAUAUAUUUGUUACUGUAAGUUAUUUAUUGUUUACUAUAGAUAUAUAAUAUGAAAUGUUAAGUCUCUGUUGAAUAUGUACUAAAUGCAAAUAAAAAUAUCUAAGCUA